UUUCCUUUAUUUAUUAAUCCUGCGUGAAUUACUUUGCUGUGGGUAGGUGGGUCUGGGCCUGCUUUAACAGGUGUAUUGGGCUUGGUGACUGUUGGUUGUUUGGCCUUUGGCAUUAGAGGAGUGGGUAUGGAAUGAACAUAGCCACAUCCCUAUUUCAACCAACUAUUCCAUACCCACUCCUCUAAUGCCAAAGGCCAAACAACCAACAGUCACCAAGCCCAAUACACCUGUUAAAGCAGGCCCAGACCCACCUACCCACAGCAAAGUAAUUCACGCAGGAUUAAUAAAUAAAGAAAACACCUGUUACGCCAAUUCCAUCCUGCAAGCAUUAACUGCAAUCCCAUCAUUUUGGUUACAUUGUGCUUUAGAACCUUCUCUUGUUUCUCCUCUAUUGAAGUCUGUUAUGCUGAGUAUGUCCAUGCUGUCCCAGUCUUCCACAGCUGUUGACCCUUCCACCUUCUUAAGAGCCUUGCAGCGUGAGAUGUCCAGCAUUAGGAAGAACCCAUUCAACCUUAAUACCCAGCAGGACGUGCCAGAAAUACUGCUUCAUGUCUUGGGUGAAUUAACAGGCCCUUCGGUUAUCGCAAAGAAUAUCAUCACCAACAUUAUAACCACUACGACGUCAUGUAAUGCAUGCUUCUUACCAUCUAGCAGGGAAGAAAGUAUGCCUAUUGUGCCACUCCCUAUCUCAAACAGCGUUACAGGUUCAAUUAAUUGUUUUUUGCAGCCCGAAAAUUGUUUGGAAAUAACAGGUGGCUUUGCCCGCAGUGCUCUUCUUACCAAGACAGUACAUGCGAAACAGUUUUCACCCAGUGUAGAGACAUUCUAAUUAUCCAACUGAAGAGGUUUACGUUUCUUGAUGGAAAAACCCUAAAAAAUAACUAAUUUGUUACCUGCCUUGCUUCAAAUGACGACAUUUUUAGACUUCGCUCUCAGCCAACGGAUGACAUAUCAUGUAACAACAAAUAUUCGUUAGCUGUCACUAUUAAUCAUUCGGGCACCCUAGGAGCAGGUCACUAUUUGGCAUUCAUUAAAUAUCGCAGCUGUGGCUCAUGGUUAAGAUGUGACGAUAAAGCAGUUGUUAGAGUUGCACCAUUCGAUUUAAAUAACUCUUCUUUGUAUGUGUUGUUUUUUGUGAAAAUGUAAAUAUUGUCUGAUUAUCAUUGACGAAAAAAGGGGAGGGUUAUCUUUCCCUAGCGGUUUUGUAUUACCCCGGCUGUUUCCGUCACAAGCAGUCUACCGUGAACCUAGAGUUUGCUCACUCUUCACUCUUUUAUAAAGUAAUCAUAAGAAGCAUAGCAAGGGGGUUCGACUAUGUCUUGUCUUUGGGUGCGACGACCCCACUUUUUACCCCAGUCCAGUGGGGAGGCCAAGUUUGCUCACUUGGUCUACAGGGUUAACGAUCCUGCUGUACUCAUAGUUAUUCUUGUAAGAAGCUCUGCAAGGGUGUGUAAAAUUUCUCUUUUUAUGUCUUCGCAUAGGUAGUUGUUUGCCCCCUUUUUAUAGUUUUUAUUUAUUUGUAUAUAUAUACGUUUUAUGUCAAUAUUUGUUUUUUUGUUUUUGUUUUGUUGUUGCAAUAUUUGUAUUGUCCAGAGGGUUGCUUUUAUAAUUAACUUAGUUGUACAGACCAUCCUUGUAAAAGGGAGAUCUUGCUUUGUAUAGAGAUCUUUAGAGGGUUUACCUGUACCACUUAAAAUAAGAGUUAUUAGACUAGUCGAAUCACUAUAGCUUGCUGUUUUAUUAUCUCAUAAUCAAAUAAAUUGUCAAUAUAUGACUGCAACGAUAUGGAAAGAUCCUCAAUAUUUUCAUUCAAGGUUCCAAUUAAGGUAACUCUCAUCAAUGAUAUGCCUCCAUGCUCUUUGCUUUCACCGUUAGGAAAGAAGACUAACCUUAAAUGCUCUAAUACCUGUGAUAACAAUGUGUCAUGAGUAAAAUUGUUUCUUCUUAGGCUACCUCCCUGAGCAAUUCUUGCUGUGAAUUUGUUUUUGUAUCCUUUUUUUCAACAUUUUGCCAACUAAACUCAAUGGGUAUGGUACUGCUUUUACUUUUACUUUCAACACGGCGUUUACUACUUCUCUGCCGAAUUGAUGAUACAAUACUCUUUAACUGAUCCUUUUUUAACUCAUAUAAAAUUUUUUGCAUUAACAGUCGAAAAUCGGCCAGUCCAAAUCCCAUUUCUUCGAAGUCUUGUGAAUUCAGCAAAUGUAUACUAUCACCACAAACCUAAAUGUGCAAUAACAGUUUUAAGAACCAAUAAAAACCAGAAAGAAAUAAAAACAGCCGCUGUAAACGAAAUCACAAGAGCUGCAAAACUCACUCGACUUUUUUCAAA